AUGCUCCACCCGCGCGGGUUGCGCCGCUGCAGUCACCUCGGUGGGAGUCCAGUCGGCCUUUCUCCCUUCCCCCGCGCCUUCGCCAUCCUUACAGCCUCAGUAAAAAACCUUGUUUUGCUUCUGCUGCUGCUUAUCUGCGCGCCGAAUGGCACCACAGUGGUGACGGCGCGGCGAAUACAGGCCUCAGACUUCAGCGUGCUGGAGCAGCUGCUGGAGUCGUGGGGUGGCUUUGCUGACGGCAAGUCUUGGUCGCCCAACAGCGACUGCUCCACGGUGCAGGGCAUCACUUGCGAUUCCAAUGGCUACGUGCUCUCGCUGUCAACAGCAGGCAACGACCUGCAUUCCUUCAUCCCAGACGAGAUCAGCGGCCUGCAGCACCUCACAUUCCUAUCUAUCACGUCCAGUCGUCUAAUAGGCUACCUGCCCUCCGGCCUCUUCAACCUACCUCUUCUCAAGAGCCUGUGCGUGCUCACUGGGUGCCUCCCCAGGGGCUGGGGACUGGAGCACUGCAUGUAUGUAGGCAGUGGCCGGGAUCAAGGUUUCAGUGCAGUCGUAGAGUGA